AUGAAGCCUCCCUUCUUCGUGGCUCCGUUGCUCACGCUUCUCGCCCGAGAUUCAGAAGCACCUGGCCGGCAGGCCAGACAUGACCAAAAGGCUUGGACGUCAUCCACUCCAUCCACUCCUGCUCCCACGGUCUCCUAUGGAUUCGCUACUCAUCAUCCCCAGCAGGGGGACCAUGUGAAGCAGUCUCACAAACCGUCUCUGCUUUCGGCCGUCCCUUUCUUCACGGUCUUCGCUGUGGCAGUGGUGCUCGGGCUCAUCGCACUGGCCUCGAAGUGGCGCGAGCGGACGAUUCUCUGUGCAUACCCCCUUUGCAUGACAUUGGGAACCACGGACGCCGCUUCAAUGUCUGGCUUCUACAUCGGAGUCUACAUGACUGCAAGCGCUGUUGGUACCGCUGUCUGUUGGAAGAUCUUAAACAUGUUUCCAGAUUCCUGGCAGAAUGGUGGUGUCAAGCAUUUCCUGUUGGGCGGACUCUCUUGCCAACUUUUGGGAGCGCUUGGCUUCGUGAAGGUAGCAUUGGAUGGACGAGAUACAGAUGACAACAGCUGGAUGUACUUCUUGAUGGCCGCCCGGGUCCUCCAGGGCUUUGGGCAUGGAAUGAAUGACCAGGUCAUGAAAUGCUGCAUCGUAAAACUUUCUCCAAUCCCCGACCGGCCCAUGCAUUCCUUGAACAAGUUCGUGGCAAAUACAGUUGGGAUCGGUUCUGGCCCCAUUCUGGUCGCCCUGGUGUUCUCCUUCUUCCAGAGCCCGCAUGAAGAGCAGGAGGUUGCCAAAGGAUCGCAAAUCAGCAUCAUCACUGCAAGCUUGCAAUUCUGGACAACUUCCGCCGUUCUAGCGGCCACUGCGCAGCUCUACCCCACGAUGAAGGUGGCGGCGACCGAUUCUAGCAAGGCAGUCGCGGCUCGAGGUCACCAAGCAUCGGUGCUUGUCGUGAGCCUUGUCAUGGACGCUCUUAGAGCCUUCAUCGUUUCGGGCGUCGAGUCAGCGACGUGUCUGCUUCUGCAGGAGAAGUUCGAGUGGGGCCAUGACAGUAUCGGCUUCUGCAUCGGGGUGACGUUUUGCCUGGUCGUGCCCGUCUAUAUUUUGCACCGGCAGUACCAUGAAGUGGUCAGAGACCUGUUGCUGAUGAAGCUCUACACGACUCUCGGCAUCGUGGCUACCGUCCUGCUAGGCGCUGCGACUCAUCCCCAGACAAUUCUCGCCGCCGACUCGAUCAUCUUCCCGACCACGUACCUCGCCGGAGCGCUGAACAUGGGCAUUCUGAACAGCAACGUCUUCCCUGACGGGUCCUUCCUGGACGCCAACAAUGUGAUGCUCAUCAAUGGCCUCAUUUCGAACGGCAUUGGACGUUUCGGGGGACCUGUCUUCUCGAGAUCCCUGAUCGCAGACCUUGGUCAGAAAGCUUAUGCUGCUUGCCAGGCCUCGUCCUUGAUGGGUGAUCGGCAGGCACUAGCAUGCUGGAGCAUAGCGGGCCAAAAGUCUGAACAAGAGAGAGAAAGAGACAGGCUCUGGCAGAGUCAACUCACAAUGACUUGUAAGACGUCGGAGGCCUUUUUCAAUUUUCAAUGGUGGGAGCCAUUGUGCACUUGCUCCGGAAAGGGCAAUGCUUGUUUCUAG